AUGUCACGUCGCCGUGCCUCCAACAGUGAUUCUUUGGCUUCACCAUCUGUCAACGAAGCCGUUGCCUAUCCAUUCUCCGGCAUGCAACAGAUUCAUUCGUUUCCUCAACGGCGUGGGCCGAUCGAAGGGCCUGGUGGGCGGAGGCUCGUUCGCAGGGUCACCUGGCGAUCGUCCACCUACAAGCUCAUGGCAUCCCUCUGGGUGCUGGGGGUGCUCUAUAUCGUCUGGCUCAUUCGGGAUAUCUUCUAUCUCCCAUUCUCCUAUUCCUCAAACCCGGCUGUCAUGGCGAAUGCCGGGGAUGAUCUGUUAGCUCAGUACGUGGGCCGUGAAGAGUGCGGCAUCUCCUCUCACGCUUUAUAUCUACCCCCUUCCGGUGACUAUUCUGCGUUGAACGAGUUGUAUUGCCAGUCCCGUGGAUCGUUGCUCAACUCGAUGAGCAAUGGCGGGCGUCAUGGAUUUGGGGCCCCGUAUACAUCCCAAGGCUGCUUCUAUCACUGGUAUACCGCCGCUGAGAUUUGCGAAAUUCUUGGUCGUUUUGAUGGUGUGCUCUUUGUCGGUGAUGACUCCUUAGCCGACGCCUACGCCGGGUUCAACAUCCUUCUUCGCCAGGAUCUCCAACAAGGAUCUUUGAAAGGGUGGGAAAUGAGUACCACCCUGCAAGCAAUAUGUGGAUGCGACUCCCAAUUCACGAACCCGGCCUGCUCUUCUGCGCGAAUUACCUCAAGCGAGGAACUAUACUCCAGAGAGAGCAGAACCCAGACCCCAUACAUCUGCCCAACCAAAACACCACACAUGUUCCUCCCAAUCACCGGCUCACCCGCCUCAAGCCGUGACCACAACGCCUUUAAAACCCUCCUCACCCGCCCCUCCGACUCAGACUCGGACCAAAAGAAGCCCAUCGCCGUAAUCCAGAGCCUCUCCCUCUCAACCUCCUACUCCCUCCCCACCGCCAAAAGCAGCAUAGACGAAUGGCUCACGCUCGCCAAAACCAGCGCCCGCAGCACACCGUUCCUCUGGGUCGGCCCAACAGCACCAGGCCACCAAAAGCCUCCCGGCGACAACGUCCACGCAAGCAGUUGGCAAUACACCCAAGAUACGGCGCAGGUCGCGCAAGCCAAGGGCAUCGACGUUCUGGCCAUGUAUAACGCGACAUUACAGGCCGAGAGCUGGGACGGCUUGCACUACGGCGAGGAGGUGGCCCUUAUCCAGGCGAUGAUGACCUUUAAUUGGUUAGCGUCGCUUUAG